AUGGCGGAUAUCAGAUGGCAAGAAAUUCCAAAAGGCUGUGGAUUGGGCAAUAAAGGAAUAUUCAAACGUCUUAGUUCUAUGGGAAGGGAUGUAAAGGGAAGAGCCACUUUAACUCGUCGUAAAGGUGGGACACUUAUAAAUUAAAAGAUGAUUUAAAGUGCUGUCGACUAAUGAUAUUGAACAAAAUGUAAUACAUAAUU